AUGAGGAUACUGAGGAAGGAAUAAGUAGGAUAAUGAGGACGAAAUAAGUAGGAUGAUGAGGAAGGAAUAAGUAUGGAUGAAGGAGUACGAGUAGGAGAAGAAAGAGUAAAUUCAUAGUCGUGUGACUACAAUUAGACUAUCUAGACGCAGGGUAGUGAAAUUAAUCAUCCUACAAUCUAGUCCCUUCAUCGUCAUUAUCAAUAGUCGUGCUGCCAGCUACUGUACUAGAAGCACUUCUUGUAUCUUGAUAAACUUGAAAAAGUCAGAUUAUAACUAGAUUCUCUACAUCAACAACAUUCAGUUAGGGAAAUGAAAUGUUGUGCCUUACGAGGUGGAUAAGGUUGAGAUUUUUUUCCUAUCCCUUCUUCAUAUGAGAGCGCAGCGCAACUUGCGUAAGCGCAUGCAGUCCCGUUUUACAGCCGCUUCGUUCACCAGUACUUGCCGACGAUGGAUCAUAUGCCGCGUUGCUCGGAGGUGAACGAGCCUCUUCUAAUUGGACGACAAGCAAUGGCGCAAGCAGUCUGAAUGGAGGAUCGAGAGCUUCUAAACCAUUUGGGUCUUCUGAGGAUGACGAGACUAGCCUUGAAGAUAGAAAGUUGCGCGCAUAUGUGGAGAAAGAAGUAGUUGCUGGACCAGGAAUGGACGAGGCUCUACGAAUAUCUGAACAGAGUGUGUACAGAAGCUGCACAAACGGAGACGCAGCAUUGAGCAAAGCGGCCCUAUCAAGGCUCGCCAGGUAGUUCCUAUUGUGGUAGUGGCUCUUAUUGCUUCAUUAUUAAGGCUCAACUUUGUUCAAUGCUCAUUCCAUUGGGGUUGGUCAAUGAGAUCGAAGAGGCGACCCGUUGAGAGAACCAACAGGGGAAAAUGAAGGGAAAGGGGAGAGCUUUGAAGGGGAUCCUCUUCCGUUCAGAGUCAGUGAGCAAUGACAUAAGUAACAGUAAGCAUUUGCUGCGUGAUUCUUGAACAACUUGCUACGGAUCUACUAUCUUCAACGCACAUCUAUCUGCAGGUUCUCACUUUGAACAAGACCUCCACCUACUUGUCCAUAUCACAACCAUAUCACAACUCACUACAGAUGUGACUGACAGCAGUGCAUCUCACUUCAGGUAUCCCUCAGAGCUGCUGUCGCGCUACAAAGCCGAUCCUGCACGCUAUUAUAGGAAAUUUGCCGGCAUUAGCGACUACUUUGAACUGAAUGCGAGAGACGACCGUGCUUACAAUAUAUUGCCCGAUUUUGAGCGAGCAAGAAAGUUCGUUGACGGGCUUCUAAACAAGACCUCUGAUCCUUCUACGUCGUCACGUCCCCCAACAGGAGCUCCCCAUUAUGAGGGACCGGGCACAGGCAUUCGACAGAUAAAAUCUCAGAACACGACGAGCACAGCACGUUCCUCGUCACUUGUUUUAAGGCUUGGGUGGAGUUGACCCCCUAUCAUCUAUAAGAGGAGCAUCUCUAUGGCUGUCUUCAGUCUCCUCAAGUACAUAGAUAUGUGGCUAAGUAUCUCAAGUAGGAAAGCCAUAGAUCUUCACAUGCGACCUACUAGAUCUAGAGGGGGGCCAACUUUCAAUUGUUGAACGUUCCACGUCGUCCCUUGUUGAAGAUAAUGACGCCAUAAAUGCCCGCACUACAACACCUCUCGCGAAGCAGAUGCAAAGAAGGGUUAUGAUCCAUUGUGUAAAGGGUGUUAAUCGCAGUAGCGCAGUUUUGACUGCUUUUCUGAUGUCCUAUCGUCGUUGGACUGUGAAGCAAGCUGUUGAGCAUGUAAGUGAACGACGCCUCUCUGUUCUCACCAACGAAAACUUUCUACAACAACUAGUGAAACAUGAGAAAAUGCUGUUUUUAAACUACGAGGUGGACGAUCAGAACCACUCAUACUCAACAUUAUCAUUACCACAAGAAAC